AUGAGAAUUGUAGCAUUAGCAUUAGUUUGUCUCAUGACAAUUUCAUUGGUAUCUUCACAUGCAGUGUUGACCAAUCCAGUCUCAUGGAAUACCAAUCCAUCAAAGACAUCACCAUGCGGUGGUGGAACUCCAGCCACUGCACCAGUUGCCACCUACUGUAAGGGUCAGCCAGCAACUUUGACCUGGAAGGUCGUUGCCGGUGACGGUACCGGUCCAUUGACCAUCAGUAUCGAUCCAGCCGGAGGAACCUCCUUCACCACCGUCGUCAACCAAGUCGCACCAGCCGUCAAUCCAAAUGCCGUCAGCACUUUCAAGGCUGUCGUCACAAUGCCAGAUAUCACCUGUGACAAAUGUACACUCCAAGUGUUCUCAUCGUCCAACUGGUUCUCAUGCUCCACCAUUAAGAUCGCCGAGAAAUGCGACACUCCAGUCGAGGACCGUCAAGCCGUUCUCGCUGACGAUCUCACUUUCUGUGGUAAGUGGGUCAACGAGCACGUCGUUUCGAUUCCAGUCGGUCAAACCGCUGAGACUAUCGAUGAUUCCGUCGCCGCCACCUUUGCUGCCAACCUCAAGAACCCAUUGGUUUUCCAGAACAACGACACCAACUGUGCCAACAAAUACGCUGCUUUCCUCUGUGCUUACAACUUCCCAUUGGAUGACCCAUCCGGUAACGUCAGUCAACCAAUCUAUAAGAUCUCUGAAGGUCAAUGUGCAGGUAUGAACGAUGCCUGUGCUACCACCGAUCUCCAUCGUACUCUUUACCCAUGUGAUAGUUAUCCAACCUCUAACAACGCAUUCAACAUUGUUCCAUCAAUGAUUGCAUUUGUUGCUGUUGUUGUUUUGGCAUUACUUUUCUAA